CAUGCCACCAUCGUGACCCUGUUCCGUAUAAGCGUCCGCAUCAAAUCACGAGAGAAGAAGGCCUUCGCAAAAAUUGGAAAAAGAAACGAGGGUAAUUUAGGUAAUUCAUCUCCCCAACGGCAUUAACGUGGCACCUUGAGCCUAUAUCACGAAACAAAAUCCAGUUCAACCCUUGACACGUAACGCGCUUCAAAGAGACAGUUCCCGAGACUCGCCACAAUGAACUGACACAUGGAGGUUUUGCCACGUCACCACGCUCUCUUCUUCUUUAGCCCUUAAAUACUCCAGGGUUUCUUAACCUUCUUCGUUAUCCUCUUCUUUGCUACCUUCUGCACCCAAGCCAUUGUCAUUUUACGAAAUUGAAAAACGGAAAGCCUCUUAGCCGGCGAAAAAUUCGCCGGAAAAUUAAACCGGCGCCGGUAAAUAUGGAUGUUUCGGCCAUUAAGAACGAUCUCGGGAUCCGAUUGACGUUGCUAUGCCGUCGCUUAUUUGUGAAUUCAGAUCGUACCUGGUGGUAGAAACUAAAAACCCUAACGAGAACCUACUUAAUCACAUAGCUGAGUUUUUUAUUUUUUCAUAUGAUGACUGUGUAACAAUAUAUUAUUCAUAGGAGGAAGAGAAAAGAGAAUAGAUUUCUCGGUCGAUGGUUUUUUCGGUUCCUUCGUCCUCUAAUUUUGAAAUCGAAGGCGAAGAAUCGAGAGAAGUGGUUUUUGCCGAGGUUCAGAAGCGUAAUUGGCUGACAGAGUUUCUUUCUGUGCUCUGAAUUCAAAAUCAAAAUUAAGCUAGAAGAGACAGAGACUGAGAAUUUUUUUGUUUCCGAUGAAAAUUCAGCCAGUCAAUUCUCCGGUACCGGUGGAGGGAGACACUAGUAUUAACUUUGUUGCGAAGCCGAUAGUUAAGUCGAGGUUCAAGCGCCUCUUCGAGAGGAAUUUCGCUGGCGUUCUUAGAAAUUCAGCCGCGGAGAAGAUCGGCGGUGGACGAUGUGGCGGUGGCGGUGAGGAAGUGCAAUCGUCCGGUAGGGACGGUUUCAACGGCUCCAACGAUUUUGAACCGAGCUCGGCGUGUCUGGCGAAAAUGGUGCAGAGUUUCAUCGAAGGUAAUAAUCUCGAGAAGCACUCCUCCGCUUCCGGUAGGUGCGGGCGUAACCGCUCUAACUGCUUCAACAGCAUCUGCGACGAUAGCUCCGACGACGAAUCAGAUGACUCCAACUGUUCUCCAGGCGAAGUCUCCGAAAUCCUCAAGGGUUUGUCCACUUCGGCGAGCGUUAGCGAGAGAAACCUGCUGGCUGAAACGGCGAAGAUCGUGGAGAAGAACAAGAUCUGCAAAAGCAAAGACGGUUCGUGCAGAAAGAUCGUCACUGAAGAUUUGAUCAAUCUCGGAUACGAUGCCUCCAUUUGCAAAUCUCGCUGGGAGAAAUUCUCAUCUUACCCCGCUG